AUCGCGCGCGACGCGCUACACACACCCGCUAUCGCGCGUGCAACGCGCGACGCGCGAUGCCCUACAUACUCGGAGUGCCCGAACAUGUCGAGCGCGUGACUCUGCGCUCGACUCUCCCGUCGAUCCCUACCACCUCCACCUCGGCUCGCGUUGCGCAAGCUCACGCGCGACGCCCUGCGCACGACUGUCAUCGCGCGCGACACCCUGCACAUGACCGCAAUCGUGCGCGCGACGCGCGAGGCACUACCUCCACUCUCCUGCACCCAGCUGCCCACCCGACAUGUCCAGCCCGCGUCAAAUCGACGGCACAGCAGCGCAACCUCGCUGUCAAGCCUCGCAUCAGGUUGACAGCGAGGCAGUGUGACCGUUCCGCGUGCCUCGCCACUCGGCCUUCGCUGACGAGACAGACAACAUCGCCCAAGGUGAGCAGCUGGCCGACGAAUGGAUGCCGCAUGCGAAAGGUCAAGCAUGAUGGCAAGUACAGUGGGUGGGGCGAGGUCGAGAGCGAGCAGCGGGUGGGGCGAGGUCGAGAGUGAGCAGUGGGUGGGGCGAGGUCAAGAGCAAGCAAGUGCAGGUGAGUGUUCACUGUGUCUCACAGCUGCCAGGCUCUUGCUGACGAGGAUUGCCAUACCCGUGCUAUGUCCACUGCCGCCUGCGGCCUCGACGUGUUACAUACGACUGCCAUUGGCCCACACGCAACGUUCGGAUGCCCCCGUGUGUGUCCCCCCGUACGAGUCCUCCCGGCGCCUCAGCACCUCGCCUGGCACCCCGCUCGACUUCACGCCCUUGCGCGACUCGCAGGCCACUGCGCAGAUGCAGAAUCCGAAGUCACUCCCGUGCCGACUGUCCAGCCUGCGCUCGCAACACGACUCCCUCGCCGACAGCUUCCUCGCGCGCGCGUUCAUGAAUGUCCCUGAACCGACGCCAUCUGUCGAGGAGCUCAGUGCGGGCCUGUUGUCCUCGCAGUCCUCGCAGUCCCACUGCACUCAGGUGCGCCUCGCUGCGGAGCCUGUGCUCCUCCCGUGUUCAUUCGACAAUGCACGAGUACUGAUGCUUGGAGAGCUGAUGAGUGCUGUGGUGUCAUCGAUGUAGCUCCAUGACAGGGGAGCAGUAUGUACAGAGGACUUGUAUUGGCUUUGUGCAAUCUGAUUGCCCUUCGGGCACUUGUGUACCAGGCUGCAUCACCUUUUGCCUGUUCGCACAUGCAGCAGUAUAA